UAACACUCUCAUUCGCAAUAAAUAUUUACGUUCGAAACGAGUUUGACGGCUGCACCCACAAACAACACACACCGGCGAUUGGCAAAGAGAGGGCUCGACGACGUCCCCUUAUCUCUUAUCGUGGUUGUUUCCGUCGACUAUGUCCAAUAGAUUCCAAUAGCUAAAUUAGUGUCGCCACAAUCGCGAACGAGUGCACAUACAUAACACUAUUUAUAGGUAGAGGUGAACUCUGGACACAACAUAUUGAUUACCAAAUUGAGGCAUGGCUUCAUCUCCAACGUCCGACAGCCCUUCGCGUCCAUCAAUCCCGAUCACAGGCCCGUAUGUGGGUGCCAUCGACGAGGGCACCACCUCGGCCCGAUUCAUAAUUUUCCGCGCCGGCACCGAUGACAUUGUCUGCUAUCACCAGAUCGAGGUGCCCUCGAUCUUCGCCAAGGAGGGAUGGUGCGAGCAGGAUCCCGUUGGCAUUGCCAACACGGUCAACGAGUGCAUUGCCGGAGCUUGCCAGAAACUGGUCGCCGCAGGUGGCAAAGUGGAGGAAAUCGUUACAAUUGGAAUAACCAACCAACGCGAGUCCACCGUCGUAUGGAACCGGGCCACGGGCCAGCCUCUGGCCAACGCCAUCAUUUGGUUGGACAACCGCACCACCAGCACCGUGGAGGAGUUGCUGGAGACGAUACCUAACAAUGCCAGAAACAUCAAUUACUUGCGACCUCUCUGCGGACUCCCCCUUUCGCCGUACUUCUCAGGCGUCAAGCUACGCUGGCUGCGCGACAAUGUCCCAGUAGUUAGCCAGGCGAUGGACCAGGGCACUGCCAUGUUUGGAACCAUCGACACCUGGUUGAUGUACUGCCUAACCGGAGGAAAGGACGGAGGCAUACACAAGACGGAUGUGACCAAUGCAUCGCGCACCAUGUUAAUGAACAUUGAAACUCUGCAAUGGGAUACGAAUCUGCUGAAGUUCUUCGGGUUGCCCAGUACCAUUCUCCCCGAGAUCUGUUCCAGCGCUGAGUUCUAUGGCAACAUUGCCAACGGCGUGCUCAAGGGAGUAAGCAUCACUGCCGAUUUGGGCGAUCAGCAAGCAGCUCUAGUGGGCCAGCAAUGUCUGUCCAAGGGACAGGCUAAGGCAACCUACGGAACGGGCUGUUUCCUCUUGUACAACACCGGGCCCUCUAUUGUCCACUCCCAGCACGGACUUCUCACCACGGUCGGCUACCAACUGGGCAGGAAGGCUGCCCCGUACUAUGCCCUCGAGGGAAGUGUUUCCAUUGCUGGAGCGGCCUUUAAUUGGUUGCGUGACAACAUGGGCAUCAUCCAGAACUCGGGGCAGAUUGAGACAAUGGCCAACUUGGUUGACAACUCCCUGGACGUGUACUUUGUGCCGGCUUUUAAUGGACUCUACGCUCCCUACUGGAAUCAGGAUGCCAGGGGCGUCAUCUGCGGACUGAGCGAGGAGACUACCAGCGAGCACAUUGUGCGAGCCACCUUGGAGGCGGUUUGUUUCCAGGUCCGGGACAUCCUUGACUCGAUGCAUAAGGAUUGCAAGAUCCCGCUAGCCAAGCUGAUGGUGGACGGUGGCAUGACUGUGAACAAUCUUUUCCUGCAGCUUCAGUCCGACUUGGUGGGGAUUCAUGUGCUUCGGGCUAAGAUAGCUGAAACCACCGCUUUGGGCGCUGCCAUGGCCGCAUACAAAGCUGUGGAGAGUCGCUAUGCAAUGGAGGCUCCACUCUCGAAGUCCGGUCCUCGGGAGCCCAUCAAGCCCUCUAUUAACGCCACCGAGCGGAAUCUGCGUUACCAAAAGUGGAAAAUGGCCAUCGAGCGCUCCCUAAACUGGGAGACAUCCACGCUGCCACACGGCGAACGAGAAGCCUUCGAUGGAGCAUAGAAAAUAGUCCUUGUAGAAAUUGUGCGAUGCAUUUGUUUGUCGUUUUGUUUAUUUCGUAAUGGUGCUUCGGGCCGAAAAAUUAUUUGUUUUCACAAUUGGA